GAGGAAAUUAAAUCCACUUCUGCCUUGCCUUCCCUCUACCAAACAGUCUCACCUAACUCCCAUCUCACCACUUCUGUGAAAGAACUGAAGCUUUCUUGGAUUCAGCAAAUUAAAUUCUGCAGCAAUGGAAAAUAAUCGUUUGUUUGAUGGUCUCGUUUCAAACCUAACGGUCUUCACUCUUGGUAGAUGAUGGUCCCGUCUCCCAUCCUGGAAAGUAGAUGUAUUUGCCAUCCGUCUCUGUUUCUUUCUCUACUGGUUUUGCAACACAGAACGCUUUAAUUCCUUCUCCCACUCCUGAACCUUGACCACGCAAAGAUUUAUGCAAAUAAUUACUGCUCGCCAGUGCUUGUUUCCGUAUGUUUGAUUUGCAGGUUGAUGUAGAAAUGCAAGAUGCGAAGAGUAGUCAGAUCUCGAAACCAGUGGCGUCGAGGCCUUCUCGCGGCUUUAGGUCCGUCCCUGAGCUCCCGACGAGUUCUUCUGCGUCCCUUGCUGAAAAACCAAUCGCCAGUAAACCAAAAGCUACCAGAUUUAGAGCUGCAUCCAGUGACUCGGCAGCCAUAGCCUUCUCGCUGAUGGAUGAUGAUACGUCGGCAACGGAGAUGACGAGAACAAAUAUCCUGGUCAAGCCCACGGCAAAAUCGGUUUCCCGUGCCACUGCUUCUCUCUUGUCGAGCCUGGGAAACACUGAUUCCACUCAGCAGCCACCAGUUGCGAACGACCAAUUUGUGGAGCAAGAAUUGAAGCAGACGUUAGAGGCCUCAAACUCGAUGCGACAGAGCCAAGAACUCGACGCGAGAAUUCAACAGCCGGCAGGGCAAGAUCGGCAAUCGUACGAUGGCUAUAACUGGAGAAAGUAUGGGCAAAAGCAGGUGAAAGGCAGCGAGUAUCCGCGAAGCUACUACAAGUGCACAUAUCCCACAUGCCAAGUCAAAAAGAAAGUCGAGAGGUCGUUUGACGGGCAGAUCGCCGAGAUUGUGUACAAGGGCGAGCACAACCACCCGAAGCCUCAGCCUCAGCCUCCAAGGCGAGUCGCGCCGGGUUUACAAGAGCAGGCUUUUGCCGCCGUCGCCGCCGACGAGAACAGUAGAGAGACGGGCAAUCUGUCAUGGAGCAGCUCCCUGUUGGAGGUCAACCCCAAGGAAUUGUCCAUGGCACCGAACUUCUGUGCGCAGGUGCAGUUGCCUCAUCAUCGUCUAAUUAAUUCCAAUUACGGUGGCAAAACCAACCAGACCGAUAGCUCUACCAUUCAGGUCUGCACAAUUCCAACCAGUACGGGAGCAAUGGAUAAUUGCAUGCUGCGUGAUUGCAAGAGAAGGAAGAAUGAAGAACCAAUUAGUGGUACAAAUAGAGUUGGAGAAACUUUUACAGAGCCUCAAUCGUUGAUUCAAACCUCUGCAGAAUCUAACAUCUCCGGAGAUGGCUAUCACUGGAGAAAAUAUGGACAAAAAGUAGUGAAAGGCAAUAGUUAUCCGAGAAGUUAUUACAAAUGCACAGCCCCAAAGUGCAAUGUGCGCAAGUAUACCGAGAGGGCUUCGGAUAAUUCCAACUAUAUCGUGACGACAUACGAGGGAAAGCAUGAUCACGAGAUGCCAAUGAAGAGGACCAAUUCGGUUGUGACUAACACUGAAACACCGCCUUCUUGAGGAGGAUCAAUUUGAAGCAUACAUCAUUUACAAGGAAAAGAAAGCAAUUAUUUCAAAAUAUUCUGAAAGACAAAAGAGGUUAUUGGACAUAGAGAAGGAGCUUAAUCAUCCCUAAGCACCACUUGAAGGGGGAGUGUCUAUCUUCCUUCGCAUUAUAUUAUCUCAAUGUACAAAUUUUUGAUGCAUUGCAUUGUUCGUGGAUUCGCAAACGUUUGGUAUUUAUAAUCACCGGAAAAAAUAAUAAAGUAUUG